AGUGGACUUAUUUAUUUAUGUAAAUUUAGUAAGUUUCACACUGAAAAACAAAGCACAUCGUCUAUGUUAGAUAAUAGUGAAGAAAUAUUGCUUAAUCGUACAAAAAGAAUUUGCGCAUGAACAGGAUGAUGCAAACAGGUGUGCUACGUCGGCUCUUACGAAAUGCCGUUCUCAUUUUUUGUGCCUCAGCCGCCCUGUUAGUAACGUUUCGUUCGGAUAAUUGUGACGCACUAGCGGUAACACUAACAACCAGUAAGAGACCGUCCCAGUUUACAUCAACUCUAGCAAAAAAGCAAAGAGCUGGUAGCAGUGGCAAAACUAUGGACCCAGCAUUUGAGGAUGCCGGCCAGGAAGCUGGUAUUGAGAUAUGGAGAAUAGAGGACUUCAAGCCAGUGCCGUAUCCCAAAAAUCAAUAUGGCAAAUUAUAUACGGGAGAUUCUUACAUUGUGUUAGCUACAAAAGUACGAAAAGAUGGUUCAAAAAGCUAUGAUCUCCAUUUUUGGUUAGGGGCAGAAACUACCCAGGACGAAGCUGGUUCGGCAGCAAUUUUAACAGUACAAUUAGACGAAGUUUUGAAUGGAGCACCCAUUCAACAUCGCGAAAUACAAGAUCAUGAAUCCCAACUGUUCUUAUCACACUUUAAGAAUGGUGGUGUGCGCUAUCUUCCUGGAGGCGUUAGCUCUGGCUUUCAACAUGUAGAUCCUAAUGCUUUCGAGAAACGUUUAUUCCAAGUCAAAGGCUCAAGAAAUAUUCGUGUCAAACAAGUUAUACCAUCUAUUGCUUCUAUGAAUAAUGGGGACUGUUUCAUCCUUGAUAUGGGAAGAAAAAUUUAUGUUUAUGUUGGUUCUAAAGCGAGACGAGUUGAGAAACUUAAAGCUAUUAAUGCAGCUAAUCAAAUUAGAGAUCAGGACCAUGCUGGAAAAGCAAAAGUUAUCAUUAUCGAUGAAUUUGGUCCAGAGAGUGAUUAUGAGGAGUUCUUUGAAGCUUUGGGUGAAGGAUCUAAAGAUGAAGUUCCAGAAGAAAGUGCAGGAGGCGAUGAUGAUGAUUUUGAGUUAACAGAAGAAAACCAAGUGUCUUUAUAUCGUGUCUCGGACAAUUCUGGUGCAAUUCAUAUUGAAAAGGUUGCUCAAAAACCUUUAGAAGCUUCGAUACUGGAUUCUAAUGAUUGUUAUAUUUUGGACACUACAGAUGCUGAUUUAUAUGUUUGGAUCGGUAAACAAUGUGAUGAAAAAGAAAGAAAGGAAGCUUUGCGAAAAGCUGAUGAAUUUGUUACAUCCAAAAAUUAUCCUUCAUGGACACAUGUACAGAGGAUUAUUCAGGGAGCUGAGCCUACUGCUUUCACCCAAUACUUUAGGUCAUGGCAAGCUCAUGGUGAACUUCAUCCUCGUCUGUUCCGUUCAGUCAGCAGAGAGGGUCAUCUAUAUCACUGCCAAAUUCGUGCUAAAGGAAAUAGAUUCAAGUUGGAAACUAUCGAAGAUCAUGAACAAGCAGAUCUUAAUGAUGAUGAUAUCAUGAUUAUGGAUGUAGGAGAUGAAGUUUAUGUCUGGAUUGGCAAAGGAGCAACAGAGAGAGAAAUAGAAAAGGGGCCCGUAUUUGCCGAGCGAUUCUUGAAACGUCAAGGGCGAGAAGAUAUUCCAGUAAUAGUUGUAAAUCAAGGUGAAGAACCCUUUGAGUUUACUGGUCUUUUUCCAUCUUGGGAUCCUGAAUUUUGGGAUAAUUUACCAGACGUUAGGGACUUUAUUAAGAAUGAAGAUACAGAUGAAGACUGAAAAUGUUGUUAAACAUUUUUUCUUUGUUAAAAUUACUGUUUUAUAUAGGAACCUACUAAUAAUUUUUAACA